GAUUGUCACCCCGGCACGGAGUGGAGGUGAAGAUUAGAAAGGAAGCUAACAAUAAGCAAAAGAAAAACAGAGCGAUACUUGAAAGAAAGAAAGAAAGAAAAAAAGGAAUGGAUUUUGUAACACUAUUCGUUCCCUUUUUCAUCCUAAAGCUGGUGAUCAAGUUAAAGUACCCAAACUCCUUGAUGAUUAGGAGUCUCUUCCACGCAACCCUUCACCACCCUCAUCACCAUUUUUAUACCCAUCCCCACCGCCACUGAAAGAUAACACACACACUGACCAAAAACGACACCAAUUUCCACUCUCUCCGGGCUCUGGCCAUUUCGCCGCCAUGCCGGGUCUGAUUUCUCCCAACCCAUCUCCCAUUUUCAUCCCCAGAGCCAACGAACGGCCACGACAAACCACCAGAAAGUCCCACGAGAGGUUUAUCGAUGAUCCGUUGCUGGACAACCCGGAUCUCGGUCCGUUUCUGCUGAAGAUGGCCCGGGACGCCGUCGCCUCGAGGGAAAAUCCGAUGAAGGCUUUGGACUACGCGAUUCGGGCGUCGAAGUCGCUGGAGAGGUGCCCGGUCCCCGGCGUCGAGCUGGCCAUGAGUCUGCAUGCCGUGGCGGCGAUUUACACCAGUUUGAGCCGGUUGGAGGAGGCGGUCCCGGUUCUGGAGCGGUCGAUUGAGGCGGUUUCGGGUGUCGGAACCGGAUCGGAGUCGUACCGGGCGUUGAUGAGGUUCUCCGGGUACAUGCAGCUCGGGGACACGUAUUCUAUGAUGGGUCAGCUCGAACAGUCCAUUUCGUGUUACAGGUCGGGUCUUGAGGUCCAGAUUGAGGCUCUGGGUGAGUCGGAUCCCAGAGUUGCCGGGACUUACAGGUAUCUUGCUGAAGCCCAUAUGCAAGCAAUGCAAUUUGACGAGGCAGAGAGGUUCUGCAAGAAGACACUCGAAAUUCAUAGGGAGCACAGCGCACCGGCGUCCCUUGAAGAAGCUGCUGAUCGCCGACUUAUGGCCCUCAUCUGCGAGGCAAAGGGAGAUCAUGAAGCCGCCCUUGAGUACCUUGUUCUCGCUAGCAUGGUAAUGAUUGCCAAUGGACAAGAUAAUGAGGUUGCAAAUAUUGAUGUUAGCAUUGGAAAUAUUUACUUGUCUCUCUGUCGCUUUGAUGAGGCCAUUUUCACUUACCAGAAAGCGCUUACGGUCUUCAAAUCCACAAGGGGAGAAAAUCACCCUUCUGUCGCAUCAAUCUUUGUUCGCCUUGCUGACUUGUAUUACAGGACAGGCAAAUUGCGAGAGUCCAAGUCAUACUGCGAGAACGCCUUGCAGAUAUAUACCACACCUUUGGCUGGAGUGACAUCUGAGGAAAUUGCUAGUGGAUUGACUGAAAUCUCAGCCAUCUAUGAAGCCGUCAGUGAGCCUGAGGAGGCACUGAAACUCUUGAAGAAGGCAAUAAAGUUAUUGGAGGAUAACCCUGCACACCAAGGCACAAUUGCGGGAUUAGAAGCACAGAUGGGUGUGAUGUUCUACAUGGUUGGAAGGUUUGCAGAGGCUCGAAACUCAUUUGAGAGUGCCAUAGCUAAGCUUCGUGCAAGCGGGGAGUGGAAAUCGGCGUUCUUUGGAAUCGUGUUAAACCAGAUGGGAUUGGCUUGUGUACAGCUCUACAAAAUAAAUGAGGCUACUGGACUGUUUGAAGAAGCAAGAGAGAUACUAGAGCAGGAGUGUGGUCCUUGCCACUUGGAUACCCUUGGAGUUUACAGCAAUCUGGCUGCAACUUACGACGCCAUGGGAAGGGUAGAAGAUGCAAUUGAGAUUUUGGAGUACAUCCUGAAGGUGAGGGAAGAGAAACUCGGAACAGCAAAUCCCGAUGUUGACGAUGAAAAGAAAAGGCUAACUCAGCUUUUAAGAGAGGUGGGGAGGUCUAGGAACAAGAAGGGAAAAUCGCUCGAAAAUCUUCUCGGUUCCAACCUCAGAAGGAAAAAGGUGGGAACAAAGAGAUGGUCUGGUUUUAGCUUCAAAACUUGACUAAAAACACCCCUCAUUUGUCUCAACUCUCCUUUCUUCCACACCAAUUCCAGCUUUCGGUUUAUAGAAAGAUUUUACACCCACAAAAAGGUCUUAGAAAUGUCAUACUUCUUUCUUCGAUGUUUGUCUUUUGAUUUUUGAAUAUGUUCUCUUGUUGAAAACGUUGUCAACUUUGGGAUUUGAUAUUUGCCUCUUAUACCGUACUGUUUAUUGAAAUUUGCCUCAU